AUACAAAAUUCUGUGUUAUUCUUGUUUUAAAGGUCUAAAUUUACUUAAAUUACUUCAUUUUUCUUGUAUCAUGGAUCGGGGGUUAUUUCAUAGAUUCACUCAACUUCUGUUGUAUAUACGGUUAAACAUAUUUAAUCUCUUCAAAUCUGAUAAUUAUUUUAGUCCGCCGUUCUUAAAGUUAUCGUUAUUUCUCGCGAUCGCUAAUCAAUUCCUUUGCCAAACAUUAAUUUAUACAAGACCAUCAGUGGGCAAAGUCUUAACACCCCGCUCAUCAAACUAAUAGAUUAUUACGCGUCUAUUUUGCUCAUUGGGGCCCUGUCUUACUAAGAGUUUAGAUUAAUCCAAUUGGUUUCAAAUACGGAAAGCCAUUAAUGAACUAAUUAUUCAUCUAGGAGGCCACUGCCCUGGAGUAACAAAAGGGAACACAAUAAGACACGCGUGAUCUGGACGUUUUAAAUCAUAUUUUGAUGCUAUUGGCUUUCCAUAUCUGUGAUUGAUAAGCUUAUCAGAGAUCAAACCUAGCACAUACACAAAUUUUUCAUCCCGAAUCUUCAUGCUAUAGUUCAAGACGGAUCACUAUAAAGUCUUCGUAUUAGUGGUUUUGCGCACAUCGAACUGGUAGGGGUAUACUUACGAAUCGGAAGUAUUCCAAUUGCAGCUAAAAGGGAUUGGAAAGUAUCAAAAAUCAUGGGCUAUGAUUUGAAGAAGAAAAUUGGAGAUGAGUGGGCAGAUGCCAAGUACACACUUAGCCAGAGGAAACCAUGGGAGAUCAUCACCGCCCUCUUCCUCACCGUCCUCCUCAUCGGUAGCGUUGUCAUGGCAUUCAUCUUCACGAUCGUAGCACCACCCGGUGUCCUCGGCGACAGCAGCAGUGGUAGUGCGUCUAUCGCUCGGCAUCGCCUCAGUGUUCAACAGCAGAGAGUACCCGCGCUAUACAAGCGUUCUGUGGAAGAAAAUCCCAACUCGGCUCCAAAGUUUGCCAGUGCUUCAGGAAUCGAUGAUGCUGUCAGCUGUGUUGAAAUUGGAAGUACGAUGAUGAAGAAGGGUGUUACUUCGUCUGAAGCCGCCAAGGAAAUUAUCGUUUGUCUUGGAAAAUUGUCGAUCAGUGAUAUGGACACCAUCGUAAAAUUGGAAGAAGAAUUGGCAUCUGCACUAUUCACUGGUGACAGAGAGGCUGCCGUAGAUAUCCUCCAAAAGAUAAUCCAACAUGACGUCAUCAAGGAGCCGAGAUUCGCGUGAAAACAAUGAAAUUAAUAAAAUUAUAUCUCAACUUUUUCUAUUGCAUUUUAUACAUGCUUUCUCAUAUCUUAUACAAAAUAUGUAGAGGAUAAAAACGAAAAGACUCGUUAUUUUUCGACUUGUCGUCGCGACACUUAAGUUAAAAUAAAAAUCGACCACAAGAACGCAGAUGCAUGUACAUGUAGCAUGAGUUUUUUUGCAAUUAUCAUGAUUAUAAGAUGAUUUACAGCUCAUACUCCAUAGCGAGACAAACUUUAUUGAAAUUUUGAGGCGCAUGAUUCUAUCACUAUAUUCACAUCAUUUUCAGUGUUUUACGGUCGUGAUUAUCCAAAAGCGGCGCCGUAUAGGGCUGUGGGGGAAGGGGCGAUCACGCGGGCCUAAUUCCCGCAUGCUUUUCAGAGGAAAAUAUUAGAAAAAAAUAGAAAAAAAAGAAAGGGAAACAAGAAAAAUUAUUAAUGGUUGAAAUUGUGGUCAUGUAACUCUACAUUAUUCCUGAUAUUCAAUUGAAAAAUAUGAAGUGGCGCCAUGGUCUGGGCAAGACCACAAACUAAUUUAUUUUUUGUCUGUUUAUUUGCGUUCUAUAUUUGAAGAUUUGAAUUUUUCGCAACGUGACGCAGGACAGAUUCAAGAACAGAGUAAUUGUAUUGAAAAUGUCCGUCAAACGAUAAAGAACAUCCGAGAGGUCUUUGUCAAACAUUGGUGUAGCGGAAAAGUAGUUUUGUUAUGUUUCGGACCUGACGAAUUAUUGCAAAUAUAUAGCUCAUUUGUUUACAGUCCGAGGCGAAACCGCUGUUUUGCUUCCCCCAAUUUUCGACAAAGACUUCUUGGCUGUUCAUUGUCAUGGAGGUCGUUGACAAUACAUUUUCUACGUUUCCUUGAAUCCGCAGAGCGAAAACUUCAUCAUUAUGACCUAGCCCACUUUCCAUUACGUCUAUUCCUUGUUGUCCCAUUCGUCUUCCUUUCCAAAGAGUAUUCACCAUUUAUGUACCUCUUGAAAUGACAUCACAUAAGCGUUCGCCCGUAGCACCGCCCCUGUUUCAAAGAUUACUGGAUUUAAUAUUUUUGAAAGAUAAUAUGUUAUAAAUCCAGAGUACAAUGCAUUGAAAUAUUUUGGAGAUUAUGCAUUCAUUUUUUUCUUUCACAUUUGUGUAUACCCAGGAUUAAACUCUCAGAUGAAAAUAAAUUAAUUCUAAAAUAUCGUAUAUUGUUUUGUUUUCAGUUUCGUUUGCUUUCACAUUUUAUUAAAAAAAAUCAGGAUGAUAAACCUAGGCGCCGGAGAAAAUGAAAUUUUAGGCAAAAACUUUGCUUAAUAACAUUAAACAAGCUACAUCUCUUUUUUCCUUUAAAGCUGUGUUAAAGAGGUUUCUUGUAUCAAAGUAUAUUUGUAAGAAUCUCACCUGCACGUGCACCCACACUCACUCACUACACCUGACCUUUUGCCAUUUCCCCCUUUUUUCCUUAACAUUUCAAAUAAUUAUGUGACAUUAUUUUUAUAGACCCGUGAAGUUUUCUCAACAAUAAUGUUCAUGUAGCUCCCUUCCCCUGGCUGCUGUUCUCUCAAGCAUUUUGCUUACGAUAGCUGGCCACUGCAUUUUGUUUUAUUUAAUAUUGCUUGCAUGUAUAUUAUGUAUGUAAAUUAUUCUUCUAUUAUGUAAUUGUCACAAUUUGUAAUUCUAUCAUUUAUUUUUGUAUUUGUUUAUAUGCAUUAAGAUAACUGUGAUUCAUGUAUUGAAUUAUCAAUAAAUGCAGAAACAACUGCAACAUAAAAAUGUAGGGGCCUACAAGGCAUUUAUCACGAUUAAA